AUGUGGGGCACACGAGGCGACUGCUUUAGCCCCAACUUCUUCCCGUGUACUCCAACCUACACUUCCUCAUCGAUACACCCCGUACAUAUAGUUACCAUGGGCCAAACUCAAUCAGACCAAAGACGGCCUCCUCCGUCUCGAGAGGAGUUUACUAAGGAAUUGGCCGCCAAGUUUGCCGACAAAUGCUUCACCUCUCUUGAGAUCUACUCAUUCAAAGAGGUCUUCAAGAGUCUCGCAGACCAGGAACAGAAUGUCCGCCAUCUCAAAGACGAUACCAUUGCGCGCUUUCUUGAGAUACCGGAUGUGCUGGGUGUGUCGCCAGUUAUAUUUCAGAUGAUAUCAUAUAUAGGCGCCUUUCCAUUCUUGCGAGAUGCUCCAGCAGUGCUGGGCUUGGAGGAAAUGGUCAUGGUCAUCACCAUUAUGACCGAUCGAUAUCAGAGGGUAUUAGCAAAGGGUGCUGACGACAGGAGGAAAUUGCUGUUCAAGAGCCUGGCUGUCUAUGACCGGAAGCUGUCCGAACAUGUCAACAGGGACAAGUCGCCUGUCAUCGACGGCUCAGGAGCGCCCGCUAAUUCCUCACACGCUUCUGGUUUUGCUGUCGACAUUGCAGGAGAUGAUGAGGAUGACCUGGGUUGUGAGGAUGAGGACGACCUUGUCCUUGCUGCCUUGGAUUCGCUGGAUUAUGCCAACGUUGGCAAACUUGGAGAUGGACCCCCACCCAAUCACGCCCUGAUUCCGGCGGGCAACUUCAAGAAGAUCAUCAUGUUGCUGCUUCUCGUUGCUCCAUUAGGCGCCCAGGAGAGCCUAUCUUCACAUGCGAAUCGUGUUGUUGGGAAGGAGCUUGAUGAAUUGGGGGUCGUUGCUGACUGUAUCGUGGCGGCUUUCCUCGACGUAGAGCAUUCACCGGGCAUCAGGUUUUCUCGGUUCAAUUCGAUAAUCCCCUCGUCGAUGCCAUUCGUUUUCUCUGGGUUCACUCCUCUAUUUGAACACUUUUUGUUCUCCAAAACUCUCGACUUCCACAAACGCGUGGGCGGCUCCACUGUCGUGCCUGACGUGGUUCAACCUCUCCUGCAGGACAAAGGCUCUCUCCUUAACCUGAGCAUCAUGUCGCAGCUCUCUUUCUUCAUUCCCGGCGAAUCUCUCUUUCGCAAGCUCCGAUUACUGUACGCAGGGGGGGAAGAUGGGUUCAGCAUGGGCAGUUUUGAAACAAAAGUCUUCAACUGGAGAGCACCGACCAUACUGCUGGUACAUGGGAUCUGUCUACCGGAUGAAACCCAUAGGGCAGGUGGUGCGGAGACGGCAUUCCUGUCAACACUACCCCCACGGCGAUACCCCUCUGGAAAUCGCGCCAUUGGCGAGAGAGUAACGUUUGGGGUUUACCUGAGUCAACCAUGGAGGCACACACAUCGCGAGUGCUUUGGGGAUUCGGAUUCGAUACUGUUUCAACUCCAGCCUGUACAUGAUGUCUUCCGAGGAUCCCCGAGCAACAAGGACUAUGCUUCUUUCACAAAACCCUCGGCAUCUACCCCGAUUGGCGGCGUGUCAUUUGGCUGCCCACCACCGCAACCUACACAAGCAUAUCGCCGGUCAAGCACCAUAUCAAUGGGCCCCGUAUCGCUUGUCAUGGAUAGCAGUUUCGAAUUUGGAUGUUUCACCCACAACUACACCUCGCGAGGUAGUAGUGCUUUCCAGGGAAGCGCGUGCAGGAAAUUCGACUUCCAAGACCGCUUCGAGAUUUCAGAUCUGGAGGUCUGGGGUUGCGGCGGGGACGAGGAAGCCAAGCACCAGGCCGAGCGAUGGGCCUGGGAGGCUAGAGAGGCCGAGGCGAGACGGAGAAUCAACCUUGGGACGGGUGAUAUCGAGGCCGACCGUGCCCUCUUAGAGAUGGCUGGACUCAUAGGGGGGAAUCGAAGUGGUGGGAGUAUGAUAUAA